CCUGCAACACAUCCACCCGCCGACCCUUCUUGUCCUCGUCAACGUCCGCUCGCUGGCCUGCCCACUGGGGUCCAGAGGGCGCUGUCCUGCCAUCAAACAUAACCCGUUUGCUACCUCCCAGUCGAGACCGCCGCCUUUGUUCUCGUCUCGUGCCCCCGUCUUAGCCUUUCACUUCUCUACGGUCCUUUCCGCCUGACGCUUGCAUUACUUGCAUUUAUAUCCUGCUAACUCCCACCCACGCUCACCCACUCCCAUACCAUCAUCAUCAUCCAGCUUGCCCAACACGUACCUGAAGAGCAAUGGCAACCCUCCGUGACACGCCCCGACAGCCAAGGGAAGGCUACCUCAACUUGACCCGCCGUAUGGAGAAUGAAGAGCAGGACCAGUUUGAUGUCGACCUGACCAUCCUCGACUUUCUCGUCUUCAAAGCCACCGGCCUCAUCUUCGAGUGGAAGUCAAGCAGUGACCCCUACCAUUCAGACCUUCCCAAUGCCCUAGUCAACAUGACUGCCGAUUGGAGGGUCUUCCUUGGCCACCGCCACCAAGGCCGCUGUCUGGACUCCAAAGCCUCAUUUCGGUCGCGCCUGCUGCAGUUUGCUCUACUCUUCACCCACCGCCUGCACCACACCGAAACAUGGACAACCGAAGCAUCCCUCAACAGCCUGCGCGAGCAAAACAAGAGCCGCGGCGAGUACUGGCAGCAGCGAACCCAGCACCCGCCCGCACUCGAGCAGCCCUUUGACCAGCACAAGGACUUUCCCCUUUCAGAUGGUGCCCUCUAUGAAAACCGCUCCGAACUCGCUUCUGCCCUGAGAAUGCCCCUGGACCAACGGCGAUGGGUCACCGACGUCGCCAGCACCCCCUCUCUGCACUGCCUCCUCCCCGUCUUCAUCGACCUCACCGCUGCCCGCGCCACCCUCGACGACGCCUGGCUCCCCACAUCCAAAUGGUACGACUUAGCCGCGCAAUUCAUGCUGCAAGCCGUCAUCGGCGAGUACCUCCGCAACGGCUCCUAUGGCCCCGAAACCUUCAACACAAUCUUCUCCUAUGGCUGUCCCGGCGUCGAACGCUGGGCCGACGAACCCGCCGAUGUCUCCGCCAUGCGCAUCCUAUUCUGCGACCCGGAUAACCAGCGCCAAGAAAAUCGCGAGUGGACGCGCAUCAAGCGCCGCUAUAUCGAUGAGUUGCUGCCCGGAGAUCGAGCGCAGUCGAGUCUUCAGGCCCUACAGGCCGCGCAGCAGCGGUACCCAUAUGCGGCGUUUGAACAGAUGUUGCUGGCAUUCUUGCAGUCGCUGCAUGAGGGCUUGGUUAAACCUGAUCUUGCGCAGGUGGAAGAGGGGAAGAUCAAUAUCGAUGGGAGUGAGUUGUCAGAAGCUGAGUCGAGGGCUAUGAUUCGACGCAUGGGGUUAUGAGACCCGACCCCCUUGUCUGCUUCUUCUUCUUCUUCUUCUUCUUCUUCUUCUUCUUCCUUUCUUCCGUGUUGACCACUACCCCUUUUUGCAAUUCUUCCUUUCUUUUAUCUGUGGCUUUGGAUGAGGCUUGUUCCAUUUCAAUUUCCACACUGGGGCUGCUUUUUCUGCUCGCCCUGGCCUUCUUCCUCCUUCUUUUUUCUCGGAUAUCCUCGUUCUCAUCCUCCUUUUCCCCUUGCUUAAGCGAGGACUUUGUCUUUUUUUCCCCAGGGACGAAGUGCGACUUAGCGAGAGUGGGACUUGUCCUAUUUCUACAUGUCCAUCGAACUAUCCUAAAAUUCCUGCACUGUAUCAUAUUGCUUGUCGACUGACUUUGUUCUUUUUUGUUGUCUAUAUCCCUUUUUUUCUUUC